AGGAUUGCCAAGGCCGGAGCCAGGGGCUGUCAUAGUGAGUUGCUCAGCUCGGGGCUACCUGAGGAUGGGAGGCCGGCGUGUGCGGACCCUGCUGCCUUUUGGCGGCUGCUUCGUGCUCCUGCUGCUACUCGGCUGCCGAGCGUCUGGAGCCGAUGUCGGCGCGGAGAGUGAAGAGACACCGGUUCCAGAACAUGCCGAAUUGGAGCGGACGGAGUACCCCACGGGAGACCGGACGGACGAUUCCCCGCUCCCCACGGGAGACCGGACGGACGAUUCCCCGCUCCCCGCGGGAGACCGGACGGACGAUUCCCCGCUCCCCACGGGAGACCGGACGGACGAUUCCCCGCUCCCCACGGGAGACCGGACGGACGAUUCCCCGCUCCCCACGGGAGACCGGACGGACGAUUCCCCGCUCCCCACGGAGUCGGAAGAGACAGACGCUGAUAAAUCCUCGUGGGAGGAGAAUGAGAUUUCCAAGGAGAGCUCCGAGCCGCCGGUGUUAGAGGAGGAGGAGGGUGACUCGUCAGACGCGGAGCUCAGAGCGCGGCAGGACGGCACCGUUACAGAGGAGACGCAGCCCGUCACCUUCCUGGAUCACUCCUUCCCUCCGGAGGGCGAUUCUGAGAGCUCACCGCGCGAGGGAGAGGAACGCGGAGACAUCGACACCACGAGCGCCGACGUGCAAGAACACGUGAUCACGGCCAUCGGAGGCACGUCAUCCGGAGAGCCCUGCCGCUUCCCGUUCCUGUUUAUGGAGAAGGAGUACGCGGAAUGCACGACGGACGGGCGAGAGGACGGGCGGCUCUGGUGCGCCACCAGCUACGACUACAAGACUGACCUCAAGUGGGGCUUCUGUGAAACGGAAGAAGAAGCCAUGCAGAGGCGGCGGAUGCAAGAAGCUGAGGCCCUUUACCUGCAGGGAGUGAAACUUCUAAACGAGAGCUCGAAGAGGUCGCACAAGAAAGAGGCGUACCAGUACUUCAUGAAGGCAUCCGAUAUGAACCAUGUGAAGUCCAUGGAGAAGGUGGCCUAUGCGCUGCUCUUUGGAGACCCCCUGAAGCAGAAUGCACAUCAGGCCAAGGAACUUCUGGAAAAACUCACAGAGCAGGGAUCACCCAGAGGGCAAACGGCUCUCGGCUUCCUAUACGCCUCCGGUCUGGGUGUGAAUUCCAGCCAAGCAAAGGCCCUCGUUUACUAUACAUUUGGAGCCCUGGGAGGGAAUCUGAUCGCUCACAUGAUUUUGGGCUAUCGAUACUGGGCCGGGAUCGGUGUGGUCCAGAGCUGCGAGUCGGCUCUAACCCAUUAUCGCAUCGUGGCCAACCACGUUGCCAGCGACAUCUCCCUGACUGGCGGCACCGUGGUGCAGCGCAUCCGCCUGGCAGAUGAGAUCGAGAACCCGGGGAUGGGCAGCGGGAUGCUGGAGGAAGAUCUCAUCCAGUAUUACCAGUUCCUGGCUGAGAAAGGGGACGUUCAGGCUCAGGUUGGUCUGGGCCAGCUGCAUCUGCAUGGAGGACGCGGCGUUGAACAAAACCACCAGAGAGCUUUUGAAUACUUCAAUCAAGCGGCUAACGCUGGAAACUCCCACGCCAUGGCUUUUCUCGGAAAGAUGUAUUCGGAGGGGAGCGAAACGGUCACUCAAAGCAACGAGACGGCCCUCCAGUACUUCAAGAAAGCCGCGGAUAUGGGAAAUCCUGUUGGGCAGAGCGGCCUGGGCAUGGCGUACCUGUACGGCAGGGGGGUUCCCGUCGACUAUGACCUGGCGCUGAAGUAUUUCCAGAAGGCAGCAGAACAAGGCUGGGUGGACGGGCAGCUCCAGCUGGGCUCCAUGUACUACAAUGGUGUUGGAGUGAAGAGAGAUUACAAGCAGGCCCUGAAAUACUUUAACUUGGCAUCACAAGGGGGUCACAUUUUGGCAUUUUACAAUCUGGCUCAGAUGCACGCCACGGGCACAGGGGUGAUGAGGUCCUGCCACACCGCCGUGGAGCUGUUUAAGAAUGUAUGUGAGCGCGGACGCUGGUCCGAACGCCUGAUGACUGCGUAUAACAGCUAUAAGAACGGAAACGCAGACGCCGCCAUUGUGCAAUACCUGCUACUGGCCGAGCAGGGCUACGAGGUGGCCCAGAGCAAUGCAGCCUUUAUCCUGGACCAGAAAGAGGCCAACAUAGUCAAUGAAAACGAGACGCUUCCCCGAGCUCUGCUGCACUGGAACCGAGCGGCUUCUCAAGGAUAUACCUUGGCCAGGAUUAAGCUGGGCGACUACCAUUAUUACGGCUACGGGACAGAGGUGGACUACGAGACGGCCUUCAUUCACUACCGCCUGGCCUCUGAGCAACAGCACAGCGCGCAGGCCAUGUUUAACCUGGGAUACAUGCACGAGAAGGGACUGGGCAUCAAGCAGGACAUCCACCUGGCAAAGCGUUUCUAUGACAUGGCAGCCGAAGCCAGCCCCGAUGCCCAGGUGCCCGUCUUCCUGGCGCUGUGUAAGCUCGGCAUGCUGUACUCGCUGCAGUACCUGCGAGACCUCAACGUGAAGGAAAUGAUCUCCCAAGUUGACAUGGACCAGUUGCUGGGACCAGAGUGGGACCUGUACCUCAUGACCAUCAUCGCCCUGCUGCUUGGGACCGUCGUAGCUUAUCGACAAAGACAGCCGCAAGUUGUUCCGAGACCCCCGGCACCGGCUCCGAGACCGGCCCCCCAGGACCCUCCUCCCGCUGCUCAGGAACAGCCCCCGCAGCCACAGGAAGGCCAACAGCCCCCACAGUGAUGCCUCGGGGGCUUCCUAGGACGUUACCUGACAGUUCGAGACUUUUAUUCCAAAAGCUUUCACAAGACCGGAUCUGGCUUACAACGAAACCACUUGGUCCAACGAGUGACUUCUCAGAUGAUGCAAGAUUUCUGCAUAUUUUUUUUCCUUUUUUCUUUUCUUUGAUGAUUUACUGUAUAGAAAGAUGUCCAAUGAGGGAUCCCACUAUUUAUAAAGGACAGUUGUCUCUCGCCAGUCGCACGAACCACGUACGCAAUGGCUCUCCUGAACUAGAACUGUUUUAUUUUACUUUAUACAGAGCCAAACCUGGAGCUUUUUAACUGAAAGGUGGGAUUGGGCCAGGGUUGGUCAGGAUGGUCCCAGCUGCUGCCCACAAUCCUCGCCGCAGCUCUCAUCCUCCAGCCUUAUCCAAGAACACGCGACGGGAGCUUAGAAAGCGAAA